CCUAACUCUUUCUUUUUGGUUUCUGGCGUCAGCAGCACUGGGUACAGCAAAUGAAACGGAGAAAGUCACCAGCAGGAAAACAUCACAUGAGCAGAAAACAAGCCGUGGGCAGACAGAGGGUGUGACUCCGCCUAUUGAUCAAAGACCAUCCUCCUCCCUUUUGUCUUUGCCUCGGUUUGUUAACUUCUCCAAAAGCCGCGUGGACUCGGGGCGAGCCGCUCCGACCCUCCCAGGCCUGCGCCUCGUUCCGUGCGACUUUUCCUUUUUGGCGCAUCCGGCCCAACAAGUCCACCAGAGGACCGACUGCUCCCCCGCUCCUCGAGCAGCUGCGUUUCAUGGAGGCUUCGUGGGAACCACGUCUUGCCAUCACGACCGCGAGAUCUGGAACCAUAUCGGUGCACCAUCAUAACAAAGUUACUACAUGAUGAACAGCCAGUCAAUGCAGACCCUCAUUGGCCCAGUGAUUCAAAGCAAGAUGCCAUUAUUCAAUCGGACUAUAGCAGCCACGGUUCUAUCAAAACCACAAAAUAUGUCUGGCUUCCUGGAUAAGCAGACAAUGCAGUACAGCGGGGCCUACUUUACGUACGACCCCAGACUAAAGGAUGGAGCAGCAGUCACUUCACCCUGGAGCAACUCAAAGACCUCUCUGCUGGAUGGCCGAAGUCCUAUGAGUCACCUCUCUGGUAUGGAGGGACAAAACCCCGUAUUUUACAGGCAAGACAGCGGUUCUUCAGAAGAAGGCCAUUCUCAUUCUCCCUCUGUGUGUCACGCGCCAGUAAAACAGGGCUUUACCUUAUACACUAAAAGUCCUGGAAUCAGCACUCCUAUAGCUGCCACACCAGUGGCCGUUAGGAAACAAACAGCUAGAGGUGAGAAUGCAUCUCCUGCAUCAGAAAACUCUGUUUACCUUGCAAUUCCUAAGCCAGUUUACAGAUAUAACCCCUGCUGUAAUGACCUGGGCUGUGUGAUGGGACAACGAUACACCAUGGAGCACGGCUCUCCGAGGAUACCAAACACCGUAUAUGAACAGGACUGGAUGCACACUGAUGCUCACUAUGCCGAAAGAGAACAUAUUCAGAGAAAAACACGAGAGGCACUGCUGCAACAGAGAGGUUUACAGUUUGACCCCAGUGCCGAACCACUGAAGAGGGCCCAUGUGGAGACAUACGGCCCAAGUACAGUAAUGAUUGACCCAAACUACAGCAGUUACCCCUGCACCCCAACUCGCACUCUGUUUGGUUCUUUAAGUGAGCAGAGCCAACGCUUACAGACUUCCCCAAGAGGCUACCCUAGCCUAUACCCCUCCCAUCCGACAUAUGAGCAUAUGACCUCAGAGGUUUAUCAGGAACGCUCUCCCAUGUCCAAAUAUGGCCCGCUAACACAGCACCCAGUCUUUUACUACUCCCAAGCAAAUGAGGAGGUACAAAACAGCACACGGUGUAAAAACAUUGGCAGUAAGCAGAGAGAAGAUGUCCCUGUUAUACUUAAACGCACAAUCUCGAACCCCAGGGAGCAUUACACAAUCCCUCAGUCACUUCAUGGUGAAAUUCCUAUGCCUAGCACUGAAACAUUACCAAAUCAUUCCUUUAUGCACGACUUUGACUAUCCAUGUUAUGCAGUCCCUAGAUUUCAUUUAAAUGCAAGCCAUGUCAGAGCGCCUCUAAAAAGGCAACAUGAAUCGCCAAGUUUUUACAGCAUUAAUGUUUCCCCAACCAGCCAACAAAUGGAUCACCCCUUGGCGUCCGCAACCAUCGCACACAGGGACAAACCCAACACCAGCCUGCACGCUGUCCUGUCACAACCUCCCUCACCAUUCCGCAGUGUGGAUCCAACCAGCCCCACCAGAUGUCUGAGCCAACCUGGCAUCCCAUCACCCAGCAUACAAAUGAACAGAUUUUUUCCCCCACUCUCCGGCCGGCACAUAGACCAACACAUCCUUCCACCAGGUGGCUUCAACGUGAACAGACUUGUGGACUAUUCCUCCUGUGAACCCCAGGUUACAUGGCCAAAACAACCAAAAGCCUUUCCCGUUUCCCCGGCAGCAUGGCUUCCCAGAUCUCCCAGUCACAGUCCAGAUCCAACCCACACAGCUCUAACUAAAAGUGCAAAUGUUAGAAAAAUGAUUUAUUCCCCUGCUAUUGCAACAGGAAAUGACUGCAAUGACCCCACGUCCAGUUCAGAGAGCACUGUUCUUAAACUGGCCCUGAAGAGAAGCUUUUCUCAUCCAUCGCCACCCACCAAAAUAAAAGAAGAGGGUAGGGAUUUAUGUGAAGGGGAACUCAUGAAGAAAAGACAGAAGGUGGAAAUGGAGAAUGGCCAAGUAGGAAAUACAACUCACUCUCCUCCCAUGCCAGUCAUUGGCAACGUCUUCAGCCUGGCACCGUACCAAGCAUACCUGCAGGUCUCGCUAUUCCCGAGCAGAGCACCUCAAAGAACCGUACAGUCUUCUGAGCAUUGUGAAGUCAAACCCAAGCCUGACAUCAAAGAGAAAAUGCCUAAUGGAGAUGAACGGCAGUCUGCUAUCGGUGUAGUUACCAGAGAAAUCUGUCCAGAUACUUCAACGGAGAAGUCUGUUGUAGAAAUCUUAGAACACAAAAAUAUUAAAAAGGAAAAAAUAGAUCCAUCAGACACAGAUACCACAGUAGUGUCACCUGUUAGUCAGAUGGACUACAGUAAAGUCACGAUCAAAGAAGAGCCUGAAGAGAGCUGUUCAUCUGACAGCAGGCCCAUGUUGGUGAUAAAGAAAAGUGAACCUGAUGAACCUGAUGGUACGACCUCAUUAGCAGACGGAAAGGAGACGUCAGACGAGUCCAAAGCGGCGGAGACAAACUCAUAUUCUCAGGGUGAUGCAUGCACACUGCAAAAACAGGUGGCAGCACUUCAAUCCAAAUCCAUUACUCCACCGCAAGCAUCUGAGAGCAAGCUAGAUUUUAAAAAUAUUCCUCCCCAGUGUUUAAAGCUUUCCACCUACAAUAUCCUUCUCCCUGAUAUGAAACAUUCCAGCCUUGUUCCACCACCACCACCACCACCACCAGGGAAGCCACCUGCACAGCCGAAAACUGACUUCAUACCCAAACUAGAUCUCCAAGUGCCAGUCCGCAAGCACUUCCUUGAGUUGCACCAUUCCCUCUGCAAGUUAAUCUCUAAAUCUGUGUCGGCCUCUUCCGAGCAGGAGCUCAGAACCUGGAUGUCCCAGUUGCAACUGACCGAACCCGCAUCUCCGACAACCAAAGUCCAGAAAGUGACGUGUUUGUUGGGUGUAAAAGCCCGAGAGGUGUGGCUGAAUGACGAGAUGAAGUCGGCCCUCCACAAGGUCCUCGAGAGGUUACGAGAGUACACGAGCCAGGAGCGCUGUCCCUUUCCGCAUGUCAUGCGAACGGGGGCGGUGUUCCUCCCCAUGCUGGUGACGAAGGAGCUGCUGUUCCCGAUGGUCCUGGGCAGCUUCAUCGACCAGGUCCUGCACGAGCAUAAAGUGGAACUUCGGCCCACUACGCUGUCCGAAGAGAAGAUCCUCAUCCAACUUCAUAAACGGGCCUGCUCCUCCCGGCUCAGGAGGCUGAUGUCCCUCAAACACUUGCCCGACAUCUACCCGGACGUGGUCAACCUUUUGCAUUACGCUUGUGUCUGCAAACAUCUGGAAUCAACUUCAGCUGAUGUCCAAAAGAGAGUCCAGAAAGGGUGUUUCAUGGUGGAGGAUCCUGCUGUCCAAUCACUAUCUGCUGAUAUUAAUAGAACAGGAUUAGAUAUGGACGAUCCUGCUAGCAGAGUGAGCGAUGACGGUAGUGAGGAGACUCCUUUAUUUUCACACAUCAGUGCCUCACCAGUCUCGCCCCCAGCGUCACACUCACAGAGACACCCACAGGACCUGGAUACAAAAGCACACUCAAACACGAAUAGAACAAAAAGCAGGGUUAAGAGCAGCUCGAGGCGCAUGUUUCUGGACUACAGUUUGUCAGAUGAGGAAGAGGCUGAUGACACAGAAAAGACUGGAAAUGGAGUCAUGCUGAAAGAAUGUUGCAAGAAAAACUGGAUGUGUCCUUUAUCCUUGGACGAGCUUUCUCCCUCUCCCACACAAGAGGAGGGAUACUCCAGUCUGCAGCCCGGUAGUCAGUCCCCAGCACCAGCCGAAGCUCCGCUUAGAUCUGAGAAUUGUUCAGGUGUGAUUCUCAAACUGAGACGGAUGUUUAGCGAAGGUCUCAACAGAAAAAAGGCCUGCUACCAGGCAGUGUCGUCCUCUGGGACAUCAGCUGAUCCUCCCCUCUUAAAAACGGAGGGUUUGGAGGGAGAGGGGAGCAACGAGAGCAACCUUCACAGGAGGACGCCCAAAGCAGCCCACAGGUGGCAGAGAACCGGUGGCUUCUCUCACGCCUUAAGACCUCUCAGCAGCUCUUCUAAAAGAAACAGAUCACUCUUAAAGAUCAAAUACUGUCCGUACUUGUCCGCCUGCCACAGCGCUGAACACAGGAGGCGCUGGGUCCUGCGUUCGGCUGUCCAGAGGGCCCGGAGGGCCAUGAGGUUCUACUACCCAGACCUGGUGGGGAAGAGGAUCCGCCAUCUGUAUGAAGAGGACGACAAAUCCGAAGUGUGGUACAGAGGAGAGGUGCUGCGCGUCCAUGAGGCCAACACCAACCCUCUCAAGACUUUAUUUGAGGUCAGGUAUGACAGUGAGCCAGAGUGGAAGUACUAUCUGGAGCUGCUGAUAGACUAUAAAAAAGGCUGGCUCAAAAUUGAAGACUAGUGUCGACAUAGAUUUGACUGUGCCAGUCGUGUUUUGGUGAGUGCCGUUUUUUAAUUGUUUCCUUUCUUUUUUUCAUACUAGCCAACAACAGGCUAAUAAGCCUUAAAUUAUCUGUCUGGCUUCCUGAAAAAUGAAGUUGGACUGGAUUUCCUUUUUCUUUUUUGAGGUCAGCUAAAUAUCAUUUGUCACCUGAGAGCUCACAUUCUCCUUCAGGGAUGAACAGUUUGCAGCAUCCAGUACUCGUCCUUAAGCUCUUAUCAAUGAUUCGCCUGGGGUCUCAGGUUUAUUUACUAAUUAGUUUGUGGUAAUGUGAAAGAAAUGCAGCUGCCUUUUCAUCCCUGGGUUAAUUUUUUUUAAUUCCAAGCAAAUAUGCAAUUAUGUGUUUGUCUCAUAAGUCAUUAGUUAGGUAGUGACUAGUAGUUUCCAAAUUUUUUGGUUUGCUAGUGUGAAAUAAGAAACCAGCAAAUGACAAUUUAAGAGUUUCGCUGUGCGAGCUACAUGUAUGUAGGUUUACAGUAAUGUAAAGAGUGCCAGUCUUGUAUGUCGUCAUAGAGUGAUUGUUUUUUUACCCUGAUGAUUGUGGUUAAUGUUUUAUUGUGUGUUGCUGAGGCUGGACAGGCAAUAAUGUAGUUGUGUACCAAUCUGCUCAAGAUGUCUCCGAUGACACAGGCUGCUGAGAUACCACGUUCCCACGUCACGGUAUUUUAAAGUGCUAUGAACCUCGAGACUUUCACCUCAAAUCCGAUUUUUAUUUUGUAUCAUUUUUUAAGAUGUCUGCAGACUGAAUUGUUAAUUAUUGCUCUUACGGUUGUCUUAAAUAAAUGUGAUGACUCCCA